AUGGGAUCCGCGCAUACCACUGAUAAAAAGAAGAUGCCUGAAGACUUACUCAACUUGAGUAAUUUCUCUCCAGGCUUUAUUGCAAAGCUGAAAGACAAACUGGAGUCUUCGACCCACCAGUUCUCACUAGAUAAAGAAGGACUCAAGCAAGUUUUUAAUUGUUCAAACCGUGAAUGAGACGUAGUAUUUGAGUAUUUUGACCAGAAUGGAGACAAGAAGAUUGAUUCCUAUGAGCUCUUAUGUGCAAUCACAAUGCUGAGUCACUCAACUUUAGAAGAGAAAGCAGAAAUACUCUUUGACUUCUAUGAUUUUGAUAAGAGCAAAUACAUCACUCGUGAUGAGUUGGUUAUCUUGAUGACUAAUGCUCUAACUUCAUUGAGAGCCAUUGCUAAAGAAGACCCUCCUAAAAUAAAGGAGAUAGAGAAGGAAACUGAUGAAUUCUUCUCCAGUGCUGAUUUGAAUAAUGAUAACAAAAUUACCUUGAAGGAAUUCAAAUCUUAUUUGAAAAAGAAUCCGACUGUCCUGAAUAUACUGAUGAACUUUAAUAUUGCUAAGAAAGAAGACCUUGGCACUGACUUUGGAGGAGGAGAUCUCCCUGAAUGUGAUUCUGACUUAGAAGCAGAAAUCAAUCCUCCUGAACUCCAUCGAGAUGAGAAGAUUGAUAAAGCUAAGCAAGGAGUUGACUUUGCAACUGCUGAAGGCGAAGGCGGCUUAUUCUCAACAGAAGAUGUAGGAGGCGGAGAUGAAUUCAUGGCAGUGAAACCAUGGAAAGGUGUUAUUGAUCAUUCAGUUCCUUCCAAUUAUAAGCCAAGAAAAUCUGACAGAGAUGCCCCAGAUGCUAAUCUGAAGUUAGAGUAUGUCUAUGGAUACAGGUGCCAUGAUGUGAGAAAUAAUUUAAGAUAUACUUCAGAUGAUCAAUUCAUAUAUCACACUGCAGCCUUAGGAAUCUGAAUGGAUCCAAUCAAGAAUGUUCAAAAGUUCCAUUUUGGACACAAGGACGAUAUUAUGAGCUUUGCUCUUCAUCCUGAAGGGAAGAUUGUGGCUACAGGAGAAAUUGGCCCAAAGCCAUUGAUCAGCAUAUGGGAUAUAGAAACUAUGGAGAUGAUCACCAGUUUCAACGGACCAUUGAAAAAGGGUAUCUCUCAGCUUUCUUUCUCUCCAGAUGGAAAAUAUCUUGCUGCUGGAGCAAUGGAUGAUGACCAUUGUGUUGCAGUCUGGGAGUGGGGGAAGAAUGAAGCUGCACUUAAGAGUAAAGGCAGAAAGACCAGUUUAGUUGCCUCUGGAAAAGGAGGGAGAUCACCUUUCCACUCGAUGACUUUCACGCCAGAUAGUAAAGAGCUAAUAGGAACAUGUGUCAAGGAAGUAAGGUUUUAUACCUUCAAUAAAGGAGUCAUAAAAGGCAAAACAGGUACAGGCUGGGGAAAGACUAAACAGCAAUCUGUACUUUGUAGCACAUUCCUAGGCAGGACUCUUGUGACUGGUACUUAUUCUGGAAUGCUGCUUUUAUGGAAAGGAAGAAGCAUUAGUAAGAGAGUUGAAGCUCAUAAAGGGGCUUGUAAUGCUAUUUGGAAUAGAACUGCAGAGGAAGGAUUCAUUACUGGAGGAAAUGAUGGAUUAGUGAUAGUCUGGAACUCAAACUACGAACAAGUAAAUACUUUGAAUAUUAAAGACCAAAGCAUUAAUAGCUAUAUUCCAAAAGUAAGAAGUGUCUGCGAAAAUUCAAAAGGAAACAAGAUCUUGGUUGGAACCAGAGGAGGAGAAAUUAUUGAAUUCACAGGAAAGAAAUCAGUGAUGCAUCUCAAGAGUCAUUGCCAAGAUGAAUUAUGGGGAUUAGCUUGUCAUCCAAGUGAAGAUCAAUUCUAUACUGUUGGGCAAGACUGAAUGCUAGCUAUUUGGGAUAUCAAAUCAAGAAGGCAGCAAAAAUUUGCAAGACUAGACUGAGCUUCAGAUGUCUUAGAGUUUUCACAAGAUGCAAAAUAUAUCGCUCUUGGAUACAAGAAUGGUCAAGUUACAGUCCUAGAUGCUAAGAGCUUUGCUAUUAGAGCCGUGAGAAGAGAUAGAAAGAAAGAAAUUAGUGAAAUCAGGUUUGAUCCAGAGACAAAAAUAAUGGCUGUUGGAGCCCAAGAUUCUAUGAUCUAUCUGUAUAAUGUUCAGAAAAAGUUUAAACCACUCAGAAAAUUAAAGGGGCACCACUCAAGAAUUCUUCAUAUUGAUUUCACUGAAGGAGCUGAAGCAUUGAAGAGUGUAUGCACAUCUUAUGAGAUUUUAUUCUUCGAUACCUCAACAGGAAAGCAAGUCACAUCUGGUGCCUCAGAUUAUAAAGAUGAAAAUUGGGAUACUUACACUGCAAGACUCGGUUGGCACGUACAAGGAAUUUGGCCAGCCUGUGCAGAUGGAUCUGACAUCAAUAGUGUAGAUAGAUCUCCAGAUGGAACAGUCUGUGCUACAGCAGAUGAUUUCGGAUUUGUAAAAUUAUUCAAAUUCCCAACUCCAGUAGAGAAGGCUAACUUCCAUAAAUACAUCGGGCAUUCAUCACAUGUGACAAAGGUUAGAUUCCACAAAUAAAGUGGACUACCUGAUUAGCACAGGAGGAAAUGAUAAAGCGGUGUUUCAAUGGAAGUAUAACUUUGACCAAGAAGGAGCUGAUGAAGCCAAUGUAUCAGAUGACGAUGACUCUGAUUUAGAUGAUGAGUUCAAAACUCAAAAGUUCGAAGGAGAUCAGUCUAUUCCUCCUCCAAAGAACGAUGAUGACGAUGAAGGAGGCCUCUUUGCAUCUGAAGAUGUAGGUGGUGGAGAUGAAAGACUCGCAGUUCUUCCAUUCAAAGGUGAAGUUGAUAACUCUUGGCCAAGCGAUUUCAAAGCUCCCUCAAAUGGGGCAACUGUUCCUAAUGAAAAUAUUGUUAUGGAAUAUGUCCAUGGAUACAGAAGCUUUGAUAUGAGAGAUAGUGUUAAAUAUGCUGAUGAUCCUAAUGAAAUCAUUUACACUUCAGCAGCUAUCGGAAUUGUCCUCAAAAAGAAUGAAAAUGAGCAAAGAUUUUUCAAUCAGCAUAGAGAUGAUGUCGUAUCAAUGGAUAUUCAUCCAGAUAGGAACAUCUGAGCUUCUGGACAAAUGGCUCAAAGAGGAAGAGCCAAGCUGGUAGAUCUAUAUGUGUGGGACUCUGAUGAUUGCACUAUUUUACAAAGACUAGCAGGAUUCCAUCGAAGAGCAAUAAAUGUGGUGAGAUUCUCACCAAAUGGAAAGUACCUUCUUUCUGUAGGAGAAGAUGAUAAUCAUUCAUGAGCUAUUUACGAAUGGAAAACAGGAAGAAUGGUCGGAUCUUCAAAGGUUGGAGGAGCAAAAAUGCUAACAGCUGCUUGGAAAGACGACAGUGAAUUUGUCAUAGCUGGAGUGAAAGAAAUCAAAUUUUUCACAAUGAAAGGAUCAAGACUAGACAAUAAGAAAGGUCUAUUUGGAAGAGCUGGUUCAGUACCAAUCUGUAGUAGUGCAUUCUCAUUUGGAGGAAACUUAGUCACAGGAACUUCAAAAGGAAAAUUGCUCAUAUGGGGAGGAAGAAAAGUAAAGAAAGAAGUCAAGUUAUCUGCAGACUCUAAGCAUAUAUGGUCUGUUUGUGCUACGAAAAGCAACUGUAUAGUCGGAGAUAGUGCAGGAACUAUCUAUUUCUUAGACAAUAAAUUUUCUGUGAAGGAUAAAAUCAUUGUGAACACACAAUUCAACCCUCAAAUUAGAUCCUUGGAUUACUUAGAAGAUCUCGAUACCCUUCUUAUCGGAACUAGAGGAUCUGAAAUCUAUGAAUACUCAGAAGGAAAGUUCACCUGCUACAUGAGAGGGCAUUACGAUGGAGAAGUAUGGGGAUGAGCAAACCAUCCUGAAGAAAACCUCUUCGUCACAUGUGGAGGGGACAAGACAGUUAGAAUCUGGAGUAACAGAGAAAUGAUAAAGGCUUCAGAUCCAUUUGAAGAUGACAUUAAGAGUGUUGAUUGGUCAAGUGAUGGAAAAUUCAUCUGUGUUGGUGGAGCAAAUGGCAAAGCAUACAAUCUCGAUGCUGAAUCCUUAGAGAUACUCGGUGAGGUAACAUCAGUUCUAGCAAACAAGAGCAAGCAUUGAUGGCUUGAAGAUAUUAAAUUCUCUCCAGAUAAUACUCAAUUUGCAUUCGGGACUCAUGGAGGCCUCAGUAAGGUGGAACUUGUCACUGUGGACAGGAGUGGAAAGAUUAGCAAAGGAAAAGUAAUUGAUGUAAAAAUGACGAGUGCACUUACCCACCUUGAUUGGUCAGUUGAUGGGCAAUUCAUUGUAUGUAACUCUCAAGCUUAUGAAAUCUUCUGGAUCAAUGCUGAAUCAUAUGAUAGAAUUAAUGCUUCUGAUUCAAAAGACAUCGAGUGGUACACCUGGACUUGUGUGCUGGGAUUCCCAGUCAUUGGAAUUUGGCCUGGAGUAGAUUUCACUGAUGUAAAUACUGUUUGUAGAUCUCAAAAUCAGAAGGUCCUUGCUACAGGAGAAGAUAGCAGCAAGGUAAAGUUAUUCAGAUAUCCUUGAUACGAUGAGAAAGCUAAAGCAAAAGAAUACUUUGGACACUCGUCUCAUUUGACAGAGGUGAAGUUCUCCCACAGAGAUGACUACCUUUGCACAGUUGGAGGAAAUGACAAGACAGUCAUAUUCUGGAGAACAGACUUUGGAUCUGGAGCUGAUAAGAGUGAAAGCGAACAAGAUGAUGACGAAGAUUAUGAAAAUAUUGAAGACAUGGAGGUUUCAGAAGAUGAAUUUGAUGAUGAUAUUGGAGCUGUCAAGAGAAGAAUAGUCGAGCAGAAAAAAGUCGCACCAAAAAAGCCAAAAGAGGAAGAAGGAAUGGGAUUAUUUGAGGAAGAAGAUGCAGGAGGUGGUGAUGAAUUCAUGGCUGUAAAGCCUUGGUUAGGACAAAUGAAGGAGCCAUCAAAUUACAGGAAACCUCCAAAGAACCAAGAAAAGCCUCCAACAAUUGCUUUAGAUCUUGAAUGGAUACAUGGUUAUAGAGCAAGAGACUCAAAGAAUAAUAUUAGAAUUCUUGCUGAUGGAUGUAUUGCCUACCAUGCAGCUGCAGUAGGAAUUGUCUAUGACUCAGAAGAGCAUGAACAAAGAUUCUUCAACAAGCAUAUUGAUGAUAUCACAGCCAUUGCAUUCCACUCGGACGAAAGAACAGUAGCUACUGGAGAAAUUGGUCCAAAGCCACAUAUCUACAUCUGGGAUGCUUGUACAAUGCAAGAACUUGUGCAAAUUAGAGGAAAACUAAAGAAAGGAAUCCAAUCUUUAAGCUUCUCUCCUUCUGGAAAAUACUUGGCAGCAUGUGCCAUUGACGUUGAUCACCACUGUGCAGUUUUUGAUGUCAAAUCAGGAACUUGUCUUGCCAUCAACAAAGGAGGCGGCAACCAAAUUGUUGACAUUGCCAUGAAGGACGACUCUGAGUUUGUCACUGUUGGAGUUAGACACUUUAGGCAAUGGAAACUAAAAUCAGGAGUCCUCAGUAACAAAAAUGGCAAAUUUGGUAGAGGAAAGUAUUCUAAUAUGAUCGUAAACUGUACAUUCUUCAAGAACUACUGAAUCACAGGUACUCUCAAGGGAGAAGUCCUCGUGUGGAAUGGAACAACAGUCACUAAAUGAGUUAAAGGACAACAUGAAGGACCUGUUGAUGCUAUUGAGGUUUAUGGAGACUUGAUCUUCACUGGGGGAAGACAAGGAAAUAUAGCUAUUUUGGAUGAAAAAUUCAAUGUAAUUCACAGCGUCUCAACCUCUAAACUUGGAGGUGCAAAUCCAGGGGUCAAUGCAUUUGCAUAUGAUGGAAGCAGGCUCAUUGUUGGAACUAGAGGAUCUGAAGUUUAUGAGCUAAAUUUCAGUAUGACAUCAAAUGAUAUCUCAGUAAAGAAUGAAGUAACAGCUGGCCAUUUUGCUCCUUGUAGAAAGGAUAAUAAUGAAGUAUGGGGGCUUUCUGUAAUUCCAGACACUGACUCCUAUGUUUCAGUAGGAGAUGAUGGAACCAUGAGAGUAUUUAAUGCCACAGAUAAAAGAAUGGAGAAGAGAAUUGAUCUGAACUUGGAUAUUGAUGGAAACCCUCUUCCAAAAGAUUCUAAGACAAAGGAAUUAAACAAUGGAGCUAAAGGUAGAUCAAUUGAUAUAUCUCCAAAGAGAACACUAGCAGCUGUGGGUUUCAGAGAUGGAUCCCUCAGAAUCUACUCUACAAAAGACUGGAAAAUACUAACAGAGAAGAAAGACAGAAAGAGCUGGAUUCAGGAUAUCAAAUUUAGCCCAGAAGGAGACUACCUAGCUGUUGCUUCUCAUGAAAGAUUCAUUGACAUUUACAGUGUUGAUAAGAAAUUCAAAAGAAUAUGUUUCUUGAAAGGACAUACAGGAGCGAUUACUCACUUAGAUUGGUCAGAAAGCGGAGAAGGAUUACACAGUGUCUGUAACUCUUAUGAACUUCUCUAUUGGGACAUGAAUUCCAAGUCUCAAGAUAAACAUGGAGCAAGCAACUACAGAGAUGAGGAAUGGCAUACCUGGACUUGCACUCUUGGAUGGCCAGUACAAGGUAUCUGGCAACCAGGAAUGGAUGGAAGCGACAUAAAUGCUGUUGAUAGAUCCCCAUUAGAGCACAGUGAUGGGUACAAAAUCCUCGCAAUCGGAGAUGAUACAGGAAAGGUGAGGGCAUUUAGAUACCCGUCGAUGACAGAAAAUAGCAAGUCUGUAAUAGGAAAUGGUCACUCUUCACAUGUGACCAUGGUAAAAUUCUCUCCUAAUGGAGAUCAUCUCUAUACUGCAGGAGGAAAUGAUCAGUGCAUUUUCCAGUGGAGAGUCGGAAUGUAA